UAGAAAGAGAGAGAGCCAUGUAGAGGCCAUGAUGAAAAACUAAUUAUCCAAAUAGUCUAAUCACUAGCACCUAUAAUGAUAUCACACCUAAUCAAUAAAUCACAAUCAAUAACAUUAAUUGAAUAGCUGAUAUGAUCUUGAUAAUGAUAAUAAUAACAAAAACACCAUAGAAACUUUAGUUGAUUAAAAAGAAACUAGUUACAUUAUUUCAGAACAUAAAAAGUAAACAUACCAUGGAAUGAACACAACCAAUAUCAUGAGAUAAUUCAUUUGAAAGCGGUAAUUCUACAAAGAAAUGUUAUCAAUUAUAUUCAAAAAGAAAAUCAGAAAAAAAAAGAGAAAAAAAACAAACAAUCAUUAGAAUGAAUCUCUUUUAUGUGAAGAGAAAAGUAAAUGAAAAGAAUUCAUACUUUCAUUUUUCAUUAACAAAAUGAAUGACCCAAUAUAAUAAUAAUAAUAAUAAUAAUGGUGAUAAGUAAACAAGGCACAAUUGAAUUACAUCAGUCAUUAACACUUUACUUUUUCUAUUCUAUAUUGGUACAUACCCCUUAAACAAUUAUCUACACCCUGCUGAGUUGAAUUAUUGUAACAGUUGCAUUGGUAUACAUCUGGUUGCAUGUCUGACUAUGUGUGUGCAUGUACUUGUGUAACAAUGAAUUAUGAAGUAAAAUAGAAGAAAAUGAAACAAUCAAAUCAAAUCUAGAAAAAAAAAAGAAGAACAAGACAGUUGAAUGUAAUUAACACAGAUGUAAAACAUCAGUCAUUUUUCCUACUAUUGAAUAAAUUAAUAAUCUGUACAAGAAAUAAUUCUUUUACUUACUUACUUACUUUCUUUCAUUCUUUCUAAAACAGAUGUUUACAGGUGCUUUCAAUUCCUUGAUAUAUACAUGAAAGAGAAAUAUUCCAGUUUGCCGAAUACAAAGCUGAAUACAAUAAAAAAAAAGAACUCAAAUAUACACCUUCAUAUUAAUGACCAUCAUUAUAAUCAUCAUCACCACAGUAGUAAUGGUUGUUGUUGUUGCCAUAAUAACAAUAGCAAUAAUAAUAAUAAUAAUAAUAAUAAUAAUAGUUCAUCAUCAUCAUCAUCAUCAUCAUCAUCAUCAUCAUCAUCAUCAUCAUCAUCAUCAUCAUCAUCAUCAUCAUCAUCAUCAUCAUCAUCAUCAUCAUCAUCAUCAUCAUCAUCAUCAUCAUCAUCAUCAUCAUCAUCAUCAUCAUCAUCAUCAUCAUCAUCAUCAUCAUCAUCAUCAUCAUCAUCAUCAUCAUCAUCAUCAUCAUCAUCAUCAUCAUCAUCAUCAUCAUCAUCAUCAUCAUCAUCAUCAUCAUCAUCAUCAUCAUCAUCAUCAUCAUCAUCAUCAUCAUCAUCAUCAUCAUCAUCAUCAUCAUCAUCAUCAUCAUCAUCAUCAUCAUCAUCAUCAUCAUCAUCAUCAUCAUCAUCAUCAUCAUCAUCAUCAUCAUCAUCAUCAUCAUCAUCAUCAUCAUCAUCAUCAUCAUCAUCAUCAUCAUCAUCAUCAUCAUCAUCAUCAUCAUCAUCAUCAUCAUCAUCAUCAUCAUCAUCAUCAUCAUCAUCAUCAUCAUCAUCAUCAUCAUCAUCAUCAUCAUCAUCAUCAUCAUCAUCAUCAAAUCCAACUUCCGUUCUCUUAACACUUAUAAUUCUGGUAAACAUAAAUGCGUUUUCUUCAUUUUAA